CAUUUCGCUCACGGCCCUCUACAGGGCUGCGGCCUCCCGCAAAAAGAACGCCGACCUCCAGGGCGGUACGGCAUGUCACUGCUCCUGCUUGCACACCAUUCCUGGGAAGCUCCGGGUGACUCUCCUGUGUUCCCCGGGCACAAACUGCACCCCUUCUCUGGCUGACGGACGCGCAGCUGUUUCGCCGCAGGUCCGUCGCUCUCUCCAUCCGAAUCCCCUGGCUCCUCCUGGGCCACGGCGCGGCUGCCCGAGGUCGCUCCCACGGCCGGGAACCAGCCGCUCCGCUCCAUCCCGGCCCGUCGCUUCCUCGCCGUCGCACAACGCCCCGCGCCUUUCCGCUCCAGCUCCGCCUUUCCCUUCCGCGCUCCCAUGGCCGGGCCGCCGGCGCCCCCGGUCACGCAGCAGGUCGGGCGGGCGCGGGGCUGCGGGCGGCGGCCGGAGCAGGAGCAGCUGCGGGAGGCCGCCCGCUGCCUGGUGCUGGACGCGGAGGGCAGGAGCGUCCCCUUCCAGGCCCUGUACGCGGAGCAGAAAGCCAUCGUGCUGUUCGUGCGGAAUUUUUUGUGCUACACCUGUAAGGAGUAUGUAGAAGAUCUGGCAAAAGUCCCCAAGGCAUUUUUACAAGAAUCAAAUGUGAGGCUUAUAAUUAUUGGACAGUCAUCAUAUCAUCACAUCAAGCCCUUUUGCAGUUUAACUGGGUAUCCACAUGAAAUGUAUGUAGAUCCGCAAAGGGAAAUUUAUAAAAUACUUGGGAUGAAAAGAGGUGAAGGUAGUAAAGCAUCAGUUCGGAGCCCUCAUGUGAAAUCAAACAUUCUUCUGGGAAGCAUUAGGAGUAUAUGGAGAGCAAUGACUAGCCCGGCUUUUGAUUUUCAAGGAGACCCUGCUCAGCAGGGAGGAGCUUUGAUUAUAGGCCCAGGCAAUGAAGUUCAUUUUUUGCACCUUGAUAAAAACAGGCUGGAUCAUGUUCCCAUUAAUACAGUCUUGCAGCUGGCAGGAGUUAAACCAGUGAAUUUCUCAAACAAACACCAGAUUAUUGACAUAUGACACUGACUUAAUAUAUACUUUUCUUUCUAUUUGUGCUCUACAAGAAUAGUUCUCCAGUGAAUUACAACAGCAUUGGUUCUGUUGCUUCUUUCUGGGACAUCUGAAACCUUAUGUAGAAAAUCAGACCAUAGAAUAAACUACCUGACACUAGAGAUGGAUACAAAAGUGCUAUUUCCGUUGAGUACAAGAUAAUAAAAACUAAAACACAGCUGAGACUGAUUGCAAAAAAUCCUGGAGCUCAUUAUUGUCUCAUCAAAUGAACUUGCUAAUGUUUUUUAAAACAUCAUUGUUCAAGGGGCACUAAAGUAAGAAAUCAGAUUUUGCUCAGGAAGAAUUUGGGGUUCUUGCCUUCAGCAGAUCAACAAUGGCUUUCAAUGCAAGACUUCUUCAGCACUGUUUUAAAGCUUCCAGCACUAUAUGACAAUUUUGUAUUGAAAUACACCUUGAAAAGUCACAAUUUUGAACACCUGGACUUCGUUUAUAUCUGGCGGUGGCAGAAGUUAUGAAACACAUUUCACAAAUUCAAAUAAAUAUUUUAAAUACA